UACAACAUAAAAAACUACAUGGGGUGUUUUGACUCACGUCUGUUCAAAUAAACUCUGUUACAAAAGUUCGUAUUUAAAGUGUGAUAAAUAUAAAACAUAAAGGUUUAAAAUUAUGACCCAUGUGUAACAACAACACCAUGUCAGGAUAAACAAUUAUGUCAAGUUGUUUUAUUGAUAACAUAUAUCCUGUUUAAAUAACUGGCUUUAAAUUAAGUGUUUGUACGACGAAAACAAGGACAAACAUUUCUUCGAAACAGACGAGCAAAAACCAAAAGCAAAGGAAUGAAACAAAUAUUCUAACAACUUGUGAAUCAGCGUUUAUUUCCAUAAAACUAUUUAGAUUUUCUUCGCUUUUAAUUUAAUAAGAUCUAACAUUGCUUUGCAAACCAUUUGUUAUCCACAGAAAGUCAUUGGAAUAACUUCGUAAACAAUGAAAUAUAGAUUUAUAUUUAGUUGCAAAUUGCUCACAGUGGCAUUGGUUUCUAGCAUUUUAGGAUGUAUUCUGUUACAGGAAUUGGCUCAAUUGACUCCUACUACAAAAGUGAUAAAAAUGGAUCAGUUGAAUGUAAAGAGGCGAUUUGUUGAGAUUUCAAGUCAAGGAACAUACAUUUAUUCAGCCUUUCUCAAUCAAGACAAAAUCAAUCGAAACGAGGAAAAAACGAUCGUCGUUCUCUCUUGGCAACAAGAAAAUGCUACAAAAAACAGAUAUAAAUGCUGUGUGGUAUCAAACAAUGAAAUGCUCUCCUUGCAGUCGUCGAAAACAAAUUAUUUUGUGCGUGGUUAUGGACGUUUGUAUGCAAGUCGAGUUGAAUGUCAUGUCCCUCCAUGGAUAAUCAGCAUAGAUUAUGUCUCUAUUGUUAAACAAAUUGACGAAUGCCCAGCCAAAAGAACAUUUUAUAUUACAGUGACUGUCCGUAAACAAAUAACAAACAGACCGAAUUUAGCAAUAUGCAAUAAAUACUUAUAUGGAUCGAUUGAUGCAUUUCAAUUAAUAGAAUGGUUUGAAGUGAAUCUUUUUCAUGGAGUGGACACAUUUACAAUACAUUACAACCCAAGUCUUAAUGAAUUGUCUAAACGUGUUUUGAGAUAUUAUGAAAAUAAAGGAAUACUACAAGCUUUGGAAUUACUACCACCACUAGAAAGUAUGUUUCGAAUAUACUUAUGUCAGCAAGUAGAAACGAUAUACGACAAUUCAUUCAUAAGAAAUAUAUUAAAACCAUUGUCUGGCAUUCACACACGAAGCCCUAAAGGUGACAUUUUCGAUAUUGUUUUCCCAGGACCUAAUUCGUUUUUGUGA